CACAACCAACGCUACGUCGACCAUUCUAACAGAUCCGAUUUAGGAUCUGCCACAAAAUCGAGGCAGCUCAGCUGAUGUUUCAAUUGUUCUAGCUAGCGCAUCUAUUAAUAAGCUAGCCAAUAGGACGCUAGCGUUUAGCUGUAGCAGAACCACUAGGCUCGUUAAAUCAUAUUAUCGUCGUUUCGGCUGUAACGUUAAAUGUUGUCGACGUAGCUGAUAUAUUGUUGAUAAAUGCAUACAGUGUGACAAAGAGAGGGUGGAGGAUUCGAGGCCGUGUUUCUGUGGUUAACUCGAAUCUGCAGGGGAAAAUGUGCAAUGGAAUGAUAGAGUCAGUAUCAAAAGCCUUUUGGGCCAACACCUCAGCCACUAAUCGGUCCUUCUUGUUGCUGCUGCUACUGACUGCAGUGUCCACUGGGCAAGGGUCAGGAUGUGUGAGGCCAUAUAUGGUCCAGAACAGCUGGGUAAACCUUACAGAAACCAACAGGGGCUCGUUCUCCGCGGGCACAGUUCUACAGUACAGCUGUGACCCGGGUUACCUGCCAGACGGACCCAGCAUCCUCACUUGUACCACACUGGGACUCUGGACCUCUGAACCUCCUCGCUGUAUACGCAGUGGCGCAUGUCUACCCCUCUCCAAACCCGAAAAUGGGGGCUACACCUGCCACCCGUCCCCCUGCCGAAUGUUUUCCCAUGGCACUGUGAUUGAGUUCUUCUGUGAUGAGGGCUUCAUUCUCAGUGGAGACUAUAACUACCUGACCUGUCAGGAUGGACAGUGGGACGGACCAAUGCAGAUCAGUUGUGUGAGCCAAGGUUGUAUAAGACCUUCUACAGUGCAGCAUGGCUCAACUAAUCUGACAGACACCAAUAGGAGCUUGUUCCCUGUGGGCACACGUCUGCAGUACAGCUGUGACCCGGGCUACCUGCCAGCUGGACCCAGCAGCCUCACCUGCACCGCACUGGGACACUGGUCCUCAGAACCUCCUCGCUGUAUACGCAGUGACGGUUGUAUAAGACCCUCUACGGUGCAGCAUGGCUCAACUAAUCUGACAGAAACCAACAGGAGCUCCUUCCCUGUGGGCACAGUACUGGAGUACAGCUGUGACCCGGGUUACCUGCCCGACGGACCCAGCAUCCUCACCUGCACCGCACUGGGACACUGGUCCUCGGACCCUCCUCGCUGUAUACGCAGUGACGUAUGCCAGCCUCCAUUUCAGCCAGACAACGGGGGCUUCACCUGCCACCCCGCGCCAUGCCAAAGACUUUCUCAUGGCACUGUGAUCGAAUAUUUCUGUGAUGAAGGUUAUGUUCUGAAGGGAGACUAUAAAUACCUUACCUGUCAGUAUGGAGAGUGGGAUGGCCUAAUGAAGCUCAGCUGCCUCAUGGAGCAAGACCGCAAUCCAACCUUACCAUUAGGGAUGCCCGCCUUGUCCAUAGUGGCAUCCACAGCCAGCUCAGUGGCCCUUAUCCUGCUCCUAGUGGUGCUAUUUGUACUUCUGCAGCCAAAACUUAAAUCACUCCAUCGACGUGAUCCGGGUGUGUCCGGCCAGCCCGUGUCAAUCAUGGUGGAAGGAGUCCAGGUAACUCUGCCCUCAUAUGAAGAGGCUGUGAAUGCUAGUGGAGCCUCAGCUCUCAGCUCUGAGUCUCGAGUCCAGAUAGUGCUGUCGGAGGGUCAGCAUGCCACAGCGCCAGAGGCUGGCCCCUCUAGGCCUUCUUCCCUAAAACAGCAGCAAUCCGAGAUGGCCGUGGUCCACCUUGUGCCGCCGUCCUCAUCCUCCCCGUCUCCCUCGCCCUCAUCCUCUACCUGGGUUCUGGAGCAUGCAGGCGCUGCAGCUUCGUCAUCCUCGCAAAGAAGGCCGUCUGCAGGCAGCGACCAACACAGCCUGUCUCUGGACUCUGAGAUGGACUACUCUGAUGAUAUGCCAUUGCUAAAGGAGGCCUAAAAAAUGCAGCAGCCUUUGGACUUACCCGUGACAACCAGCCUUUUUACUGACUUGUACUGGUGAGCGGGAUGCCUCGUUGCCUUGUCAACACAGCUGUCAACACAGACGAGGCCAGCUAAAGAGGCUCUGGGUGAAACUAUGGGUCACUCAGUAGUUCCUCGGCCCAUCCCAAAGGAGAACAAAGAAGGGAUUCACAUGUACAUACAUGCUUACAAUUUUCUUAGAGGAAUUCCUACACUAUGUAUGUACGUCUAAUGUCUGAAGCUCGGUUUUUAAAAUGUUUGAGAAUGAAAACAAAAACAGAAAGGAACGGGCACCUCCGAAGAAGGUUGUCUUAAAAAAGGACAGAUGUAUUUCAGUUGAAUGGGCAAAGCUGCAAACUCAUUUUGGGAGUUACUAAUCUCUUCAGUGUCUUGUUUACUGUUUUUUUAACCACAUAACGCACCAUUUAAGACACAUAUCAGCAAAGAUGCAUGAAGUCCAUGAAAGUCUAGAUUUUUGUCCAAGUCACGCACACUUACAGCAUUGUCCUCAAAGAUGUUUGCAAUUAUAAAUCAUUAUUUAAGGUGUUAUUGAUCAUAACGCCUACCUCAAGUCAUUGUACAGUUUCAGCUGCUUGUCCACCCAAGAGUUCACUCUGCUACGUUUUUCAUUGGAUCGAGGGCAAACAUUUUCAGAGACUUGUUUCAGGCCUGCAUUCAGCACAUUUUACCCUUGCAAAGUGUUCAGAUGUAUUUUCUCCAUAUUUAUGCCCUUGCCUCCAAUGGCCUUAGCCUUCCACUUCUAUGCACAGGUGUCUAUAAUGUGUAAAAUAAGGAAUUGAACAAACGAAUGUCAGUUAAAUGCCUCCACUGCUUAGUGGUGUUAUGUAAGGCUUUGUCAGACACAUCCCUUGUACAGAAAAUAUUAUUUAUUCAGGCUGCUUGGAAAUUCCUUUUAAGUGUAAACGGGAAACUAAGAUGUGUAUUUAAUUUAUGUGUCCAGAACGCUGUUGAUCAGCCAUGGCUUCUUUUGAUGCUUCCACAGCUCUUGAAAACUAAACAAACUAGUAGGUAUUUUUUAGUUUGCUGCUUCAGUUUUGAUUUUACUGCAGGCGCGUUGUAUGGAAGUGUACAGAAUAGUGUACUGUCAGUGUUCACUUUGUUUGACUGUCCACUGAAUUUACUGUGGGACUGAGGAAUGGGUCUUUGUUUUGUGUUUUUGUGAAGAUGUUAUUUUAAUAUAUGUAAAAAAAAAAAGUUAAGUUAAGUUCACUCUGUAUAUACCAUCCGAUCAUUUUGAUUAAAUAUUAUUUGAGAUGUU